AUGGGAAAAGGGGCCCCAAACCAUAUCUUUUCGAUAAAAGACAAGCGCACCAUAUCUCCUACACACUACGUUGUUAACAAAGCUUUAGAUAGGCUGCGGUUUCGCCGUACCAGCAGCGGAAGUGAUAUCAACAGAUACAGUAUGAGCUCAACACAAGACCCGAAGAUGUUAGCGAAGAAGGUAGCCAAUCAUGCCAGCAAUGGGACGAUUGAGAGGGAUUGGAAGGCCGAAGAUGAAAGUAUUGGGGAUUCCAUGCGCGUACUUCUCGAUGGUCUUCGCUUCCUGAGAAUACCAGAAAUUCAAAAAAGAACCCAAGAUAUUAAAACAGCCACGGCACAUGAACUCAAGCGAUUGGAUGAAGUCAAUGAGCUCAAACGCUCGCUCGAGACGAUCUCUGCUAUUAAGGACGAGCAAAUCAAAAAGACCGAGGAAGAUAAAGAUGAGGCAAUAGGGAAACUCGAAGCAGAGAACAAGAAACUGAAGGCAGAGGCGCGUUCAGUUGCACAGGAAAAGGAGACUGUCGCGAAGGAGAAGGCGAAACUAGAGCAUGAGCGCCAGGCGGAGGAGCGGAAGUAUCGUGAAAGGGAGACUAAACUUGAGAAGAAAAAAGAGGAAGCCUUGGAAAAGGAAAAGAAGAAAGUCAAGGAAGAAUAUCAGGGAAAAGCGAAGGCUGCAGAGAGCCGUGUUGAGGCAGCGAAGCGAAAACUUGAAAAGGAGAAGGAUGAUGCCAUAAAACUGAAUAAGGAGCUGAAAACUGAAGUGAACAGGUUAAUGGCAUAUCGGGACAUCUUGGAGGAGCGAAACGAAGGCCUGGGGGACAAAGUGACAACGCUCCAGGAUAAAUUGCGAAUGUUGAGCGCUGAAACGGCGGUUUCUAGCACGCCGUUCACUGAGUAUAAAAAAUACAUAGCGGAUCUGUCCCGACUUAUUGGAGACUUCGUGAUGAGAUUUGAGAAUGUCCCUAAGGAUGUUGAAUUGAUCUUCGGUCCACUAGGAAGCUUAGGCAAACUUAGACAAGCGAGUGGCAUAUUCGACUAUACCUCCUCCUCUCCUACUCCGGUGGCCACAUCUCUGCGGAAGGCUGGUGUGCACAAUUUUAUAGCGGGGACGUUGGUUUCAAUAUUCCAAAACAGGUUGCUUAUCAGGCGCAGCACAGAUAGUAGUGGCGAACACGACGAGGCCAUUCUGAGCACUAUAUGUGCCGCCCUGAGUCCGGAUGAAGAACAGGUCUGGAGAGGAAUAACCGUCAAGGCACUUGACAAGUUGCCCAGGUUUUCCGGUAUCACGCAGACCGUUGACCAAGCAGUAAAGGAAGCGGUUGACAUGCUGCAACCGCUUAUCCAAAAUGAUGAACAAGCUAUCGCCUCUGCUAGAGAGCAGGUAGCUGAAAUUAUCAAAGCUGCACUAAAAAUCUGGUCCCUGCGACGUAAGGACCGAUGCGCGAUAACAAUCAACAGCACUCCAGGUCUAAAGAAUGAUGACUCGUGGAAUGUAUGGACGGUUGACGAAGAUUCGGUAAUUCCUCCCUUUUCAUUCCCCGGCAGCGGCGUCAAUGACAUCAAUGGCAAUGGAAAUGGCAACAAUAACGGAUCCGAAAGCCCAACCCAUACCACGUUCCAAUCAUUCGCAAUCCAUCAAAAGCCCGAAUCAUACGUGAUAUUCCCACAAAUCAUCGGUGAAUUUGACAUCACCAACGAUAAAAGAAGCGAUAUCGGGAAAAAAUCCAACAUACGACAGAGAGAGAUUUUGCAUCCGGGUAUUGCGCUCUUCUCCAACUCGCUCAUGUUCGACAUGGGUCUGCAGGAUAUACGGAGCUUAAAGGAUGGUGCUCACGGUCUCCAGCAUAGGAGGAGGAUGACGUCUAUUUCUUCAUCAACAACCAUUCCGAACAAUUCAACUGCAAAUAAUUCCUGGUUGACACAGCCUUAUCCGCAGAAUUUGACUGGGGAACCGGCAGGGUUGAAUGCAUAA